AUUGCGAGUUCGCGGGAGAAAGGGAGACGGAACGGCCGGGAGAGCGGGAAGAUGGACAUUAGGGUUCGUGCCUUGGUAGAGGCCAUCCAUUCGAGCCACACGCAGGCCGUCAUCUUCCUCGCAGGUGGAGCUUCGCAGGCAUUGGGUUGGCUCAUGUCUGUGCCUGGAGCUUCUAAUACAAUCCUCGAAGUCCUCAUCCCUUACUCCAAGACUUCCAUGAUCCAGUUGCUCGGAAAGAUUCCCAUUCAGUAUAGCAGUCAAGAAACGGUGGAGGAAAUGGCAAUUUUAGCAUACAAUCGUGCCCUAAAACUUUCCAGACCUGGUUUGACAGUUGUUGGUGUUGGCUUUACCGGGACUUUGGCUAGUGCACGACCAAAAUUUGGGGAUCAUAGAUUUUACCUGUCAACAAGAACUUGUGAACGUCUUUGGACGUCUAGAAUUACGUUGAUUAAGGGAAUGCGAACACGGGAAGAAGAAGACAGAAUUUCAAGCCAUUUCUUACUAAAGGCAAUAGCAGAUGCUUGCAAAGUUUCCCCAACUUUCACUUCAGAUCUUCAUGAAUCUGAGGUGCCUACUGAAUCUGAAAAACAUUUUGACGAGGAGCAGGAACUGCAACAAAUUAUUGAUGGGAAACUGUGGAUGAAAGUUUAUGAUUUUAGUUCUGAUAAAAAUGCAACUUCUGAAAGGAGGAUCAUUUUAUCGGGUUCAUUUAACCCUUUACAUGAUGGGCAUUUAAGACUCAUGGAUAUUGCAUCAAGUUUAUGUGAAGGCGUUCCUUGCUUUGAGAUCUCGGCAAUUAAUGCAGAUAAGCCACCACUGGAAGUAGCUGAAAUCAAAAGACGUGUUGAACAAUUCAAGGAGACAGGGAAAACUGUGAUAAUUUCGAACCAGCCAUACUUCUUCAAGAAAGCAGAGCUUUUUCCUGGGAGUGCAUUUGUUAUUGGUGCAGACACUGCUAUAAGAUUGAUAAAUCCUAAAUAUUACGGAGAUUAUCACAAAAUGCUAGAGAUUCUCCUUGGAUGCAAAAGUUCAGGCUGUUUAUUUCUUGUGGGUGGCCGAAUGGUUGACGGUGUUUUCAAGGUUCUUGAUGAUUUAGAUAUACCAGAAGAACUGAAGGACAUGUUUAUCUCCAUACCUGAGGAGAAAUUUCGCAUAGAUAUAUCAUCAACGGAGAUCAGGAAAAAUAGGGACCUCUGAGUUCCUCCUAAUCAUUUGAAUAGCCUUUGUUGGAAUCAAAGAGGGUCUUGAGGUGGCUCUCUUGUUUUGAGAAAAGCCUUAUGUAGUCAUGUAUAUUGUGGAGGGGUUUUCCUUAAAAUUUUCAACAACAACUAUGUAUAUUAUUGAAGUUUUGGCUUAGUCAUUCCGUCUCCUA